AUCUGACAUUAGUGAAGUUGCAUCAUAACGUCAUGAACGGGUAAAUAAAACCUAAGAAUUUGUAGUGGCAAAAAAUAUAUUUUAGUGUUAUUUUUGGAGAAGAAACAAUAUUUUGCAUCUUCCUCAAUGCGGCAAGGUUAAUUGUAUCAUGGAUUUCUUGACGGUAAACCGUCAGGUAUCGUCAUCCUCCGAGAAAAAGGAAGAUGGAGUGGAAGCCAAUGAAGGUCUUGUGGUGGACAACUCAAAAUGUGUACUAUAUAAAAUAGCAACGCUGUAUGCUGAGCAGCUGAUGAGUGAUCUCACCCUGGAGGUGGGUGGGGUCGGCUAUCCAGCUCAUAGGCUAAUACUAUGUGCCAGCAGUGAAGUCUUUCAGGUGAUGUUGAUGAACCGGGAAUGGAGCGAGUGGCGCGAGAGUCGCAUAGUACUGCAGGAGACACCUACAGCUACCUCAGUAUUCCCACACUUCCUUAAGUAUUUUUAUACUGGACAGAUAAGAAUAUCACAUGAUACAGUGUUACCAAUACUUUCUCUAGCUGACAAGUACAAUGUGAAGGACCUAGUGACUCUGUGCCUGACGUACAUGUCUCAGAACAUAGCGCAGGCUGCCAAGCGAGGACAGCUCAUCUCCUGGAUGCAGUACACCAUGGCCUGCGGACACAACGAAGUUGCUAAGUCAUGUCAGAACUUCGUGAAGUGGAACCUGGAGUGGGUGUGGUCGGACAGCGACCUCAGCGAGCUGGAGGGCGAGACCCUCGUCCAUCUCCUGCAGCAGAGCGACCUCGUGCUGCAUAACGAGAUGAGUGUAUACGAUUUCGUGGUCCGCUGGCUGGGCAAGCAACGCGAGCGCCUGUCUGCGAGCGAGCUGUCGGAGGCCGAGGCCAAGGCGCACUGGGAGUCGCUCGUCGCCGCCGUCUUCUCACACGUCAGAUUCCCAAUGAUGUGCCCCAACCAGCUGGCGAAGUUGUUGCUCUGCCCCCUGACGCAGGAACAUAAGGACUUCUUCAUGGAGCGGAUGGCGAUCGCCAUGAGCUACCAGUCAGGCCAAUUCGAGCGUGUAGCGGAGAUCCAGCAGACUGAAGCAGGGCGCAUGUUGUUCACGCCGCGCCUGUACACGGAGGACACGUGGGGCUCCGUGCUGGCCGUGGACAACUUCCACUCGCUGCCCUGCUACCACACCAGGACCUUCAUCUUCUCCACGCGACCCUCCAUCGCUGACGUGGCGCCCCAGGACAAGCUCACCGAGUGGACAGUCGACCUGUACCCCAAAGGAGUUUGGUUCAGGAAGAGCUUGCUCAUCGUCUGGGCUGGGACUUAUGAUGUACCCGAGGUGGUGCUCCGUACAGUGCGGAUCUCCAUCACGUGUCAGAACUGUCCGGAUUACACCGUCAACCAGUUCGGGGAGACCGAGCAACUGGAACCCGAUGUCAGGGUCAAGAUUGGCAUCCUAGUCUGGGGUGUGGAGAAGGGAGUCGAACACGUGUCCUCCGUGGUAGAGCGGGUACAUCGGUUUUCAGCACAGAACAGGGUGCUGAACAUAGACGACGCGCUAGACUUCGACGCGUUGAACACCCCGCUGUACACGCCGUGCUCCCCCCCCGGCGCGCCGCCCCCUGCCACCGCUCCCCCCACUCCCCCCGCGCCCCCCACACUGCCCGCCGCGCCCGCUGGGAAGAACUACUCGGUUAACAGUGUGAGCUCGAAGCGUUGCUACAAGUGCUCCGACUAUGAAGCCCCCGAGCCGAGACAUCUGUUGGGACCCCAUAAGGACCAGCUUAGGAUACAAGUAGUGAUCGUGCCUCUAACAGACUACUGCCACGUCGGAGUGAACGACAGCACACAGGGAUGACCUACGACAGUAGCGCGCAUCUACUGCGCGGGUGUGUCAUACCCGGCCUGACAGAGACACUUGAUCUCUCUCAGCAUCGCCUGCAAAGCUUGAAGGCAAGUUCGAAGGAAUAUUUUCUUUGUUUUAGCUAAAUGUAUGCUAUUAAAGUUCAAAAUCAUUUGUCAUAUUAUCAACGUCAGCCCUCAGUGGAUAGCAAUUUGUAUUCUACACUAUUGUGUUAAAGUUCGUUAUUGUAUGUCGUUGAUCGAUUGUGUAAGCGUUGAGUACAAGGUCCUAAGUUCGAUUCCUAGGUUUUACUGUGUGUUUCAGUGGUAGCAGGAAUUUUGAGUGUCCAUUAAAGGCAAUAAUAAUUAAAUAAGAUAGCAGGGGCUUGUCUAUGUGCAAUAUAGUUUUUAAUAAGAUUAUGUUUGUUAAUUCGUCCAAAGUGCGUUCGGCCUUACAACUCGAAAUUACUAGCUUAAUUGGUUCGUAGAUAAUUUUAAUGCAAUUCGAAAUAUUUUAUGGUUAUUGGUAAUGUAAGGCGAUUUGUGAUGACCUCAAGAAAUUUGUAACAUAGGGUGUUAUAAUAGGGAUGAUGACGGCGUAAAAUAAAAUCAAUUCAUUCUAUAAGUGCCCACUACUGAGCAAAAGCCUCUUCUCACACGGAAAAGAAAUGAACAUUAGUCACCACAAUGGCUUAAAGAGGUUUGGAGGUUAGAAAUUUAUAAUUUGAAAUUGUAAGUCGAAGAUAAACAGGCGCCUUAACCUCUAUGUCACCAUGACAUUUAAUAAAAACGAGUUAUACAUAUAAUUUUAAACCUCUAGUCUGCUACAAAAACAGAUCUAUGCGAAAAUCAAUGUAUUUUCUAUGGUCUUAUAAAUGGGCAGUAAACCUUCGGCGUUUGAUUGGAUGGUUUAUUCGAACCGGCCAAUCAGAGCACCGAAACCACUCUCGUUUCGAUAACUUUAAACGUAAAGCAAACUCGUACUAAAGUUACUGGACAUUUUUGAUAAAUCAAUCUGUCAUCAUCCCCAUUACAACAUCCUUUGUUUAAAUCGCCAUGCGCUGUUUUAUGUUGUAAAAAUAAAAUAAUAUGUUAUAGUAUGUUGUAUGCUAGAUUAAUUUACUUAGCAAAUUAUUAUUAUAUUAAUUAUGUAAUAUGCAAGGUGUAACGGAAAGGGUAUAAUAUUAUGCCAAUGAUACAUUUUCUUGCACCAUAGGACGUCUUACCACACAGUUUUCGUUACACCCUGUCUAUGAGGCUAACUAAUUGUGACUGUUUAAAAAAAUACUUUGACACAAAUACGUUUUAGGUUAUUUUAGGUCAUUGGUUAAAGACCUAUGCCAUGGUUUGCUGAAAUAGUGCCUCUUUUCAUCUACUACUCCUAAU